AUGAGUAGUGACAACUUUUUUGUUUGUUCAGUAUGCCUAGGUAAUGACAAAUUCAUCAAGAUGGUGAAGCAGGAGAACGGAGAAGCUUGCAAACAGUGUACUCGUCCGUUCACUGUGUACCGUUGGAGAAAUAAUGCAGUGUCAACGCAACAAAUGAAAACAGUUAUAUGUUUUACCUGCUCACGAGGUAAAAACGCUUGCCAGGUUUGUCUUCUAGAUAAGGAUUACCGGAUACCGACAGAUCUACGCGAUACUGCUUUAAAAAUGGCUGGUUUGGACCCCCUUUCGCUAUUGAAAUCACUGACAAAUAAAGAGGUCAAGGCAAUAAUGGCAGAUGAAUUGGAGAAAUCACUAGAUCAAGAGCAGCACAACAACAGAGCAAAGGAGUUGUUAUCAAAGUUGGCAGAAAGGCUAAACAAUGGCGAAGUUACAUCUUCUACAAGUACGUCCGAUGCCAAGCAAGACAUUCCCAUAUCAAAGUUGGCGAAAAAGCUUCCCUUUGGAAAUCUGUUGGAUCCAGGGAAAUACCCUGAGCUCACGACGUUCUUUGUAUUUGGUUUCCCCACGGAUCUUCCUCAAUAUUUGCUUUCCAAGUAUUGCGCAGAGUAUGGCAAAGUGCAAAGCCUUGUAUUGAACCACGACUCACGGUGUGGCUUUAUCACAUUUCAAAAUCGAGUCUCUGCAGAAAAGUUUGCUGAAUCGAUAAACUCGAACGGAUUGAAUAAAAACAAGAAAACUGCCGGCUUGUUGGAGUUAAAUAACUACCCCAUGAGAGUGUGCUUUGGGAAACAAAAAGCUUUGGGGAGGACUAAUGAGGAAAAGAAGCAACUUAGAGCUAUUGUGAAUAAAGUGAUGAAACAGUUGGCCGAGAAGGAUUUGAUGUAG